AAAAGAAAAGCGCAUCCUCCUUCCAAGAUUGUCGUCAAGCGGCAAUUCUCAUUUUGGAAAUGACACACACACACAAGGUGUGUGCGUGUGUUUACCUUCUUAUCCAGACAAGAAUUUAACUGCAUUUCUCUUUAGCGUCGCCCAAUUGGCCCUAAUAAGGCUCAUGAUCUUUUUUUCUGAUUUAAUGCCAUUUAGCAUUUUCCUCCCUUUGCGCCAUCUGCGCCCCUCCCCUCCUUUGCCCCUCGUCCUGUGGAGAUGCCUCCUCAUCUGAUGUCGCGAUUUUUCCCGUUUGGGAACGAGCGAGGUAGCUUAGCAUCCCCGUGAGGAGGCUGAUGGACGAUGCGCGGUCCGUUUGGGCCAACGAGACUUGCGCGCGCCUCCCGGUCCUGAAUGCAGCAUCGGCGGAGAGAGACACCGAGCAGGGUGUCAGCGUCAGCCCCGGAUGCUGCGCCGCAGGAUCGGAUACACAGACCCGUCGUCGGGUAAAGACAUCCUGGGCAAUCGCUCCCUUUGUUUCAUGUUUAUUUGCGCCUUUGGACUGGUGACUCUGUUACAGCAAAUUCUCUAUGGGAAAAACUACAUUAAGAGUGCGCAACAGUUUAGUCGACUCAAAGGGGACGAGACAGGAAAUUGGAGCGGUCCCGUUAAUUUCUCGGAUGACGGAUCUCUGAAGCCUGCCAGAAAUGGAAGGAAAAGAUGUUUCCGUCAGCAUUUUCAGCCAGAUUCACAGAUCUCCGUAAUAGUCACACCCUGCCUAGCCGAUAUUAAGAAGAAAAACAAACGCUCUCACAGGUAUUUGGGAAACUAUGACGGGCCCUUUGAGUACAACUCGACAACAUGCAAAGAGAUCAGACAGGAGAUUAUGGAUGUCAAAGUCCUGACAAUAAACAAUAAUCGGAAAAUACACGGUCAUGGCUAUCCUUCUUCAUUCCACAAGUCUCUCUGCCUGUCUGCCAGGGUCAAAACCUCUGAUCUGUUUGAGAGAUGGCGAAACCUGCAGGUGUGUAAGUGGGAGCAGAACAAGAAGGAGACCAGCAACUUCAAAAUGUCGUUGUCUCGCUGCUGCAACGCUCCUUCUUUCCUGUUCACCACCAAAAGGAACACCCCCGCCGGAACGAAACUGAGGUAUGAGGUGGACACCAGCGGCAUACUUCCCAUCACCACUGAAGUCUUCAAGAUGUUCCCGGAUGAUAUGCCAUAUUCCAAAUCCCAGUACAAGAAAUGCGCCGUGAUCGGAAACGGCGGCAUCAUCAAGAACAGUAACUGCGGAAAGGACAUCGACUCGGCAGAUUUUGUGUUCAGAUGCAAUAUACCGCCAAUCAGCGAGAAAUACUCAUCUGAUGUCGGCACAAAAACGGACCUGGUAACCGUGAAUCCCAGCAUCAUCACCGAAAGGUUCCAGAAGCUGGAGAAAUGGCGGCGUCCCUUCUAUGACGUCCUACAGAACUACGAGAAUUCGUCAGUGGUCCUCCCGGCGUUCUACAACACGCGCAACACGGACGUGUCCUUCCGGGUCAAGUACAUGCUGGAUGACUUUGACUCGCAGCGCGGCGUCUUCUUCUUCCACCCGCAGUACCUGCUCAACGUGCAGCGCUUCUGGGCGGUGCAGGGCGUGAGGGCCAAACGCCUCAGCAGCGGCCUUAUGCUGGUCACCGCCGCCCUGGAGUUGUGCGAAGAGGUGCACCUUUACGGCUUCUGGGCCUUCCCCGUGAACCCGUCGGGCAUCUUCGUCACGCAUCACUACUACGACAACGUGAAGCCGCGACCGGGCUUCCACGCCAUGCCGCACGAGAUCUUCAACUUCAUUCACAUGCACGCCCGCGGUAUCGUGCGCGUGCACACGGGGCCGUGCACGUGAAAACGCGUAACGAAGUGGCGGUUUUCUCAAAGUGCAAGAAUCUCACUGCGGUGGAACCUCCAAAGUAGAAUGGCACGUUUCAAUAUGUUCCCAGAAGAAAUGAUGCGAAUUUAUAAAUGGUAUUCAUUUAUUUUUUAAAGGUGUACUAUGGUGGACCUGCACUAAGCGUAGGGUUAGUGAGAGGGCCACUCCAAAACCUUGAUUUCGUUUUUUUAGUCAUUCAGAAGUGGACUUGCUCGUGUGUAUCACAUUCGUUGUCCUGCUGCAUGAUCAGAGAGUGCUUGAAUUGGGGGUG